CACAGCUCCACUAAUCCAGAAAGAAACGAACGCACGCUGAAGGCUGAAGAAACGCAUGAGCAAAGGCAGAGCCGCAGAGGAGAAAUCAAGCGCAGCCUGCGAAGAACCAGACGGUCGCCGCCUCCGCCGUGCAUCGCAACGCGCCUCCGCAGCUCGCCCGCGCCUCCGCCGCUCGCCCGCGCCUCCGCCUCUCGGAUCGCAAGUCGCAACUGCUAACCUGCCUCUCCAGUCUCCAGACUCCAGUUCUCUUGAGUCCCUCGAGAAGUUGAGCACAUAUGGAAUAUAAUUUUGCUAUAAUGAGUGGAAAUCUCACAAUAAGCACGGCACAAAGGCUUGUACAACAAUCUGGAUUCUUCCUCUGCAAGUUUUUAAUGAUCUAAGACAGGCUUAUAUUACACUAAUAAAAAUACAGAGUAAUGAAUAAGGGAGGGCUCGGAGGCGGUGGAGGAGGCGGCGGACCCACUGCCGCCGCUGCCACAGCGGCCGCUCAGAAGCAGAAGAAUUUGUUGCAGAGGGUUGAUAAUGACAUCGGAAGCAUAGUUGACAAUUUCAGCUUCAUUGUGAAUGUUGCCCGGGUAAAUGAUCCACCAGUUAGGAAUUCCCAAGAAGCUUUCAUGAUGGAGGUUCGAGCAUCCAGAAUGGUUCAGGCAGCUGACUCGUUGCUAAAGUUGGUUUCGGAGUUGAAACAAACGGCCAUCUUUUCUGGAUUUGCGUCCUUAAACGACCAUGUGGAGCAAAGAACUGAAGAAUUCAACCAACUUGCCGAGAAGACGGACCGGGCAUUAGCUAGGGUUGGAGAGGAGGCUGCUGCUACCCUUAAAGAACUCGAAUCCCAUUAUUACUCUUCUGCCCUGAGAAGUGAUUGUAUGCUUCCAUGUGAUGAUAACCAUGAAUCAAAUGGUUGAACAUCCAAACAUAAUUGCUUGCUUCACAUGCUUUAUUUUUCAUGGAAUUAAUUAAUUUUGUUUAUUUUAUAAAGAAACUUAAUCUCCUUGCUUGCUUUUAC